AUGCGCUCCUCAAGCUACGCCAUUGAAUGGAGUGUCUUGCGGCAUCUGAUUCGGUGGAAAAAUGUAUCGCUGUCCUGGGUAGAAGAUAUCUCAGCCUUAGGAGACAUUGAUGACGCAUGUUUAAAAGAACGCUUCAUACAUGACUGGCUCAGCAGUGCUUGA